AUGACGAGGAAGAGGCUAAAGCUAGCUUACAUCGCCAAUGAUUCAUUGAGGAAAGCAACAUUCCACAAGAGGAAGAAAGGGCUCAUUAAAAAGAUCAACGAGCUCUCCGUUCUAUGCGGUAUCCAAGCAUGUGCGGUCAUCCACAGUCCGUUCAGCUCAAUCCCGGACGUGUGGCCAACGCAUGAAGGAGUGAAAAACGUAGUGGACAAGUUAGAGAUGCUGCCAGAGAUUGAGCAAGAGAAGAAAAUGAUGAAUCAUGAAGGAUUUCUCAGACAAAGCGUCAUAAAAGCCAUGAAUAAUAACCACAAAAAGAUGGCCGAAAAUGGUGAGAGGACGAUGAAGGAGGCUAUGCUCCAGCUUCUUGGUGGGAAUGGGUACAAGCUUAACUUGACUGAUGGGAAUCGCCAAGAUUUGUGUAAGUAUAUUGAUCAAUAUCUUAAGGAGCUUAUUCACCAUAAGAACGAUAUCCUAAGUCAGUCGCAUCUUGAAUAUGGAGAAUCUUCUUCAGCUGCUACGGUCAUGGAAACCAGAGUUAUAGCUGAAGUAGGUUCCUCCUCCUUUCCAAAUUCUGAUGUUUUCAACCCUCCUCAACAAACCAGUGAUUUAGGGGCUUUGAGGUCCAUAAUCUCUUUGAAUCAGAGACCAGAACAUGGUAAUACUUUUGUCGGUAACUUUCUUCCUGCUACUAAUGACCAACAAGGUUGUUAUCCGAUGAUGAAUCCGGUCGGUGUUUAUGUUCAGAAUCUACACUUGAAUGCUAAUAAUCAGUAUCCGCAGAGGUUUGGAAAUCCGAAUGUAGGUCAAGAUGCUAUUUACAAUCCGAAUCAAAAUCAGGUCCAACAUGAAGAAUGGUUGAUCAAUCAGAUGAUGAACCAUCAUGAGGAAAUGCAUUUUUCUAUGAUAGAUGACAAUAACCGUUACUACAACCAGCAGCUCUAA